AAACAAACGGAGAACAGCGGAGAUGCUCCGGCCCUUCCUCCCCAGAUCGCCGCCGUCCCCGUCCGCCGCCUCGCCGGAACCUCCGUCGCUCCUCUCCUUGCUACGCCGGUGCGGUGACCUGAGGCGCCUCCGCCGGACCCAUGCGUUCAUGGUCCCGAGGGGCCUCGACCGGGAAAACUUCCUCCUCCGCCACUUCAUCGGCCGGUGCUUCUCCCUGGGUCUCUCCGACUACGCCAUGGCAGUCUUCGCCCGCAAAGCCGACCCCGAUCUGCGCCUCUACAACAGUGUGAUCAGGGCCCUCCCCGACGCCGGUUCCGCCGAGAUGGCCGUCCGUCUGUUCGGCGGGAUUCGGGCUUCGGGCCUGCGGGCCGACUCUUACUCUUUCGCUUUCGCUUUGAGAGCUGCGGUUCGGUUGUCCGCGAUCGAAGUAGGGAGACAGAUUCAUUGCCAGAGCGUAGGAAUUGGGUUGGAGUCGGAUGCUCACGUGGCCACGGCACUUGUCCGGAUGUACGGCUCGUGCGGGUGCGUUCCCGAUGCGCGCAAGGUGUUUGAUGCGUUGAAUUUCCGGUGCGUCGCGCUGUGGAAUGCGAUGAUCGCUGGUUAUGCCAAGGCUGGAUGUUUGGAGAGUGCCCGGGAGUUGUUCGAGCGAAUGCCCGAGAGGAAUUUGAUUUCUUGGACUGCUGUGAUCGGAGGAUAUGCUCAGUGGAAUAGGCCGAGCGAGGCGGUUGAAGUCUUUAAGAGAAUGUUGCUGGAGGGCAUAGAGCCGGAUGAAGUUUCGAUGCUUGCGGCGCUGUCCGCUUGCGCGCAGCUGGGCGCGCUCGCACUGGGGGAAUGGAUUGAUAGCUACAUUGACAGGCACGGGUUAAAUCGAAACGCGCAGCUUAACAAUGCACUUAUAGACAUGUUCGCGAAAUCAGGUGACAUUGGGAAGGCUCUCCAAGUCUUUGAAGGCAUGACGGAGAGGAGUGUAGUGAGUUGGACGACCAUGAUCGCGGGAAUGGCCAUCCACGGCAUGGGAAGAGAAGCCCUCGAAAUGUUCUCGAGGAUGGAAAGGGCUAAAAUCAAGCCCAAUGAGAUCACUUUCACGGCGGUCCUCUCUGGCUGUAGCCACAGUGGAAUGACCAAGCUGGGUCGAGGGUUAUUUACCGCGAUGCCCUCGAGGUACGGAAUCGUCCCGAAGAUCGAGCAGUAUGGCUGCGUGGUCGAUUUACUUGGACGGGGUGGUUAUUUACACGAGGCAGAGCGGCUAGUCAAGAGCAUGCCUUUUGAAGCGAAUGCCGCUAUAUGGGGAUCGCUUCUUGCUGCUUCUAAUAUUUAUGGCGAUCCUGAUCUUGGAGAACGGGCUCUGCAGCAGUUGAUGCGCUUGGAGCCUGAGAACAGCGGUAAUUUUUCGCUUCUGUCUAACAUAUAUGCCGGUCUGGGAAGGUGGAACGAAUCUGGGUCGAUAAGGAAGGCGAUGAGGACCAUCGGCACUGAGAAGAUGCCCGGCAAGAGUUCUAUAGAACUGAACAACCAAGUUCAUGAAUUUGCAGCGGAAGACUGGUCAAACCACCCGGUGGAUGUGAUUAACGAAGUACUGCACGCAAUAAACGGACAAAUGAGGGCGGAUGGAGGUCCAGAUGAGUUUACAUGAUUUGCUGCCUCAAACUCGUAAAGAUGCCGAUAAAUUGACAGUCCUAAGCCUGGAAAUCCGUAUUCACUUCUGAUAACUAUGCUCAAGCUCGAUAAGUGGAGGCUGCCGUUGGAGUUCUACUAUUCUCGCUGCAUCCACUCCACGGGGCAUAUCGGGUAACAUUCGGAAAGAGGGACAUCUCGACGGCGAUUCAUAUCGGCCAAACCGGUAAGGGGGUGUAAGGAACAGCACUUGAGGAGCUGGUGGAGCAAACUAACUUCAAUCUGGCUUGGCUUUAGGGCACUCUUCCAUGUCCAAAACAGCAGAGUCCAGUCAAAACCUAAGAUCGUUCGGUUUGUUGGCCAUCGCAUGGUGAAGCUAGUCUCCCAUUAUAUCUUCACUCUUCAGCAUUCACUUUUGCAGGACUCAUACAUAUGAACUGGCUAAGAAGCCUGUGCUGCGAACGGGCUUUUGAGACAAUAAAAUGGUGCGUAGUACACACGAAUAGAAAUAGUCCCCAAAUGGCUCACAAACAUAAGUUACUUACCAUAUUUCUUUACACCGGAUUUAUUUUUUCAGCAAGAAAAAAGUUGAAGGUACCCAGCUUAUCCAAGAUAGCUUAAAGUAUUUUUACACUUAAAGCAAAAACAGAAAGUAUUGUUGUACUUCCAGUCGAAUUUAUAACAUUGUUUGUAUUUCACAAAGUUAUGAAAAUAUCGUUAUGCGAAAAAGUGUUGAUACGUGAGAAUUGUAAAAGUUUCGGGAGCUUUGGAUAUAGAAAAUACAAAGUGUGUGGGUUGUGAGAUUUAGAUCAAUGCAAAAAGUAAAAAUCAAUCCAGACAAGUUGAAAUAGUUCUUUCAUCUACAGGCCCUCAAAUACUCAUUUAUCAUUCCUGGGAUAGAAAUUAAGUGAUCCGAAGGGUAAAAAGCGACCAAACUACAUUAAAAUGCCAGAUACAAGAACGGACCAUGUAACGAAUAUAAGCAGAUGGACAGGCUAUUACAAAUAUAUUAACUAGCGAGCACCUUUUCAUUAAACAUCCAGCGGUCACAGUGCCAAGACAAAUUACUGAAACCGAGAACUCAUGACUCUUGAGGCGCCUCGAAUCUUGUUGGAGUUUGAAUGCCCAUCAUGCAACUGAGGCCGGAUAUUAAGAUUACAAGCAACACAAGCCC